CUCGCGAGAUAGAGAGAGAGCGAGAGAGAGGGAAAGCGAGUGAGUGAGUGAGAGAGAGAGAGGUUACAGAAACCAAAAACAGAAACCUGCGUUACAAAAAAAAAAAAAAAAAAAAAUCACUGGAAACGUUCUUCCCUGAAGCUGAAUCCCGUCAUGGAGGAUCAGAGUAUCGAUGAUAAACGGCUCCCGGGCGUCAGAGAGGUGUGUCGUGAUUUCGCUGUGCUGGAGGAUCACUGUCUGGCCCACAACCUUCAAGAACAAGAAAUUGAGAGCCACCUCGCCUCCAACAUCCACAAGAGUCGUCUGGUGCAGCAGGAUCUCCGUGUGGCCAAGCGUCUCCAAGAAGAAGAGGACCAGCGGGCCAAAGCCCAAAGCCAGAGACAGCUUCAAGACAUUGAACGCAGUGACAACGAAAUAGCUCAAGAGAUUCAGGACCAGCUCGUCCGGCAAGCCGAGAAGCAAAAGCAGCAGGAGGCAAAGGAUGAGGCCAUUGCACGCAAGCUGCAGGAGCGAGAGUUAAAAGAGGAGCAGAGGAGGCAGAAACAGCUGGAGGCCAAACUGGAAGAGCAGCAGUACUAUGAAGACAAAGGAGCCUACAGACCCCCUUCAGACACUCGUGUGGAACUCUCAGGCUCUGAUUUGCCAGUAUCAGGCAGAGAAAGAUUCAGAGAGUUAAAUCGGGGUCGAUCUCCAGAUCACUGGCCUCAAAAAAUGGACCAAAACAGACGACUGGACAGUCAUAGUACACUGAGCCAACAGGCUGAUUACUACCCUGGUGAAGGCGAUCCCUCAAGAGUCUCGGAGCAUCCUAAAUCUGAACAGAACCGAGGGAAAAAUGAAGGCAGGACCAGAAGGCAAACACCUGAGCACUACUUCUCAGAGGGAAGGACUAAAUAUCCAGAGGAAUAUCCGCCUGCAAGGAACAGAAACGCAGAAGCAGAUCCACGUCACAACCAGGAUUUGGCAUACAGGGAUGACCCAUCUGACAGGGACAGGACAAGGAGACAAGAUCGAGAUCAACAAAGAGAAAGAGAAAAAAGGAGAAAAGGAGAUACAGAGAAGUACAGAGACAAAAGUCAAGAUAAGGUGAGUAGGGACCCUGGUAGAGACAGACUCAGGCCCAAAGAUGUGGACAUGGGACAGAAUGGCUAUAGACACAGGAGCAGAGAUAGAGAUUUGGACUUGGACCUAGACAAGCAUGGACAUAAAGAGAGAGCGAGGGAUGGAGAAAGAAAUCGGAGUAGGGACAGAAACAGAAGCCGAGAAUUGGAUGGGCAAUUUCCCAGUAAGCGCAGUUCGGAAGAAACCGAGGACAAUGCUGUCUGCACCAACAGGCAGAGGCACUACAGCAGUGACGAUGUGUUUGAGGAGCCAAGCUCUAGAAGUCUCUCUAAAGGGCAAACCCCCAGGUAUAGAGGACGAAGCGCACAGGAGGAGUACGGAAUGAAGGAAGCAAUGCAUGGUUUGUCGCAGAUGGACCUGCGAGCCCAGGAGUUCAAAGACAUGGAGGUGGCACGCAGAAUGCAGGAAGAGGAGCUCAUGGCCAGUAAAUUUGACAAAAGAGCUGCUCAAGUUGCACAAGAUGAGGAAAUAGCUCGACGAUUCAUGGAGGAAGAAGAAAGGGAGUACAAAAAGUCUAGAGAGAAAGAGAAACAACAGAGACGAGCUGACGGAGACUCCAGGCACACAGAGGAAGAAUUGGCUCGGCCUCGAACACGAGAGGAGUAUGACCAAAAAGCUCGGAAUCCCAAACCAUCAAGACCUCCACCACAUAUCCAUAACUAUGUGAAUGUUGACCCCGGUUAUGGUUAUUCGGAUAACUACUCCCCUCGCCCACCUUCCAGACCUGAAGCUGCUUACAAAGGUGCCUAUUACAGACAGUGACUUGAGGCCCUUGCUGUCAUUUCAUGAUUUGUGCUGUACUUCUGUUUUUCUUCUUCACUUUUUGAAGAUUGCUGUAUACUGCUAGAAGGAGGCUGUGGGGUCUGUUUAAACGCUGAUCUCAUAUAAACCACCAAGUUCAGACUUUUGAAUACAUAACCUUGUAUUAUUAUUAUAAUUCUGCACGAUGAUUAAGCAUCCAUUUUUUUCUUGUGCAUGUUUGAAACUUUUCUGACAACAACAACAGAUGUUAUUUUUAUUUAUUUAUAAUUUAUGUUUUGUAAAAACUGAUAGGAAAAUCAUAUUUACUUUUCUAGAUAUUACAUGGUUGUGAUAUCAGUGUUGUAAUGAUUAAAUAUGUCUUUAACGCCAUAUCCAUACAUUAGCCAUUCCAGUACUUCAACAAAUUGAGUUUUUCCAUUAAAAUCCCUUUCACGCUUGCUGUUUUUUUGUUGCAUUCAGCUCGAUGUGGCAGGUAUGGUUUGCAAAAUGAAUGCAAUGAUAAACACAGAAGAGGAGUGAGUAUUUACUGCUCAUCAUGCCAUAAAACAGAUCCAAAAUGAUCUCAGUCAUUCCAGGUUUUAUGUCAGUCUGUAUUCAUUCAGGGAAAUGUACAUCAUGAUUAUUUUUACUACAUGUGUGUCUCUGUUAAAUUCUUUUGGUACAGUAUUAGUGCCUCUACUAUACUAGUGUUCAUUUGCCAGUACUAUAUAUGCCUCUAUCGUACAUUCAUAAACAUGAAAGCAUCUAUCGGAUGAAGGAUUGAACAAGCCACUAUGGUGAAGUUAAGUUACCGAGUGUUAUUCAACAAAUUUUCUUUGUUGAACCGAUUUGUUUGCCACUAUGUAUAAUAUUUUAAUGACGAUUCUACAAAUUAAAAUAGAAGGUGGUCAAGUGUAAAUACCUCGCCUGCUCUUAAUCAGCCAGAAUUAAAUGGUAUCACAUUCAUGUUUUGCAAUGAAUGUUCGUUGCUAGUUGACCAUUUCUGAAAUAUAAUGAAGUACUUGCUUUAAAGUGACUCUGCUUUAACUGCUGUCAUCAGCUCAUGUUUCAAAGAGGAGAAUCUGAUUUUAGAUCAAUAUUUUAAGGGGCAAAAAAAAAAUGGCUAUUUGUUUUGAAAAGGCUGUGACUGUACCUGUUUGUUCUACAACUAAAUGCUGUAUGUCUUGUGAUCAACCAUGAACAUUUGUAUCUUGCACAUUCUUUCAUAGGUUACACUGGCCAAGUAUGAUUUUAAAAAUCAAUAAAUAAAUGGAUUUUAAGUAA